UGUUGUUGUUGUUGUUGCAGAAUCAUCUGUUGUCGAUACCAUAAACUUGUCACAAACCUAAGAAGAAGCAGAGGAACAACGAAGGAACCCCAUUUUCUGAAAUGGGUCGUCGCCAAAACGACUCAGGUUUCGGUAGAUAUGCGCUUCUGGUUCUCUUGUUGAUAGGUACAAUCUCCUGUUCCAUGGUGUAUCUUUUCCUCACUGUGAUCUUCAGGUCGAGCAGUGCAUCUGUGUCUUCAAUGAAAGACUUUGAUGAAAAGGGUGAUGUUGGUGGUGGCGUUGAGGAUUUGGGGAGUGGUGAAGAAGGGCAAUGUUGUAGAGGGAUUGAGCAUUUGGAGCUAUGGGGUGAUGCUGUGAAAUGGGGUGCUGAAUUUAGGGUCAAUUCUUCAGAGGAAUGUUGCAUGGCUUGUAAGAGAAUGUGUAGAGGUGAUGGUGGACCUUGUUUGUGUAAUUCCUGGGUGUUUUGUGGAGAUAGAAAGGCAUGUGGACCUAGAUUUGGUGAGUGUUGGUUAAAAAGACAAAAAGAUGCUUUAAACCCUGAUCGACGAGACUCAGGAGAUCAAGUUAUGUGGACUUCUGGGUUUGUCUUUGAUAAGGGAGAGGCAAUUGUUGGUCUGGAAACUGACUAUGGAAUUCUUCGUAUUAAACUUUUGCCUGACUGUGCUCCACAAUCUGUUGCCUACAUUCUUCAGUUGUUGGCAUUGCCUCAUUGUGUUGGUUGCCAGAUUUAUCGUGCUGAAAGCCGUGCAAGCUUUUGGGAUUCCGUAGGAAACCACAUAAAAAAGGCUCCAUUUGGUCCUCCUUUUGCACUAAUUCAAGGAACAUUUGAAUCCCACGGCUCUAUAUUCAAUGAUAUUCCAAAAGAAUACUGCCCCACCAUCAGAAGAGGAUCUGUUGCAUGGGUUGGUUCUGGUCCAGAAUUCUUCAUCAGCCUUGCUAACCACGGGGAAUGGAGAAAUGCAUACACUGUGUUUGGCUCUGUUCUAUCUGAAGAUAUGGAAAUUCUAGAGAAAAUUUCUCAGCUUCCAACUAAACCAGAUUUUUGGAGUAACAUUAAGGUCUCUGUCUUGGAGAACCCCGUUUUAUUAAGGUUUCGGAGAAUGAACACAAAGUCAUAAAUCCUCAAAUCUAUACACAAGGUGCAGAAACUGUUAGAUUGUUCUUGGUUCCAUUCAUUUAUUCUCUCAAAACCUUUUUUUUUCUUCCCUUUAUUAAGUGAUAAUGGUUUCAGUUAUCAAGGCAAUACAGGAAUGGAUCUCAGUCUCAAGUUGCUUCUCUUACAUGCUUGAUGGGACUUAAAUAAUGCAGAUAUUCAGGCACAAAAAUUUAUAGCUGAUUUCAAAUCAAUUGGAGUUGAGUAUACUUCAAUCAGCUUGGUAGGUAUGUGGCAUUGUGGAUAAUUCUUUAUUCUUUUUCUGUUUUUGUUUUGUUUUAAAAGAAGGCACAGAGGAGAUGGGAAUAGGGCCAAAGAUACCAU